UUGCAACAAACACGAUUCAUAUACUAGUUUUACUGUCAAAAGUUUCGGCCUGUUUUGAGUACUUUGGUGCUUGCGCUUGGCGGCCCUUGCCUGGCGCUGUGGAGGUUGUGACGUCAUGAGUUAAAACAGUGAUAGAAACACAGCGUUUAGUGAGUGGUGUAAGGGAGGGUUCAAUUCUCUAAGCGUCGACAGUAUGGACUCAGAAGAUGAAACCCCUUUCGACGACGGAGAUUCGGGAAAUGAAUCCAGUGGGGAUGAUGUUGAUUUUGCAAUGGAAGUGGACAGCAAUACCACCAAAGAAAGGCCCCCUGAUGUUGAUGAAUACCCUUUCGAAGUUUUAACCACCGAAGAAAUCGUCCAACAUAUGAUAGAUUGUAUUAAAGAAGUUAACACGGUUGUAGAGAUUCCAGCAACAACUACUAGAAUUCUUUUAAAUCAUUUUAAGUGGGACAAAGAGAAGCUCAUGGAACGUUUCUAUGACACGGAUCAAGAUCAGCUGUUCAAUGAAGCAAGAGUUAUUAAUCCGUUCAAAAAAGGAGCUGUCAUAAGGCCCAAGCCCCCCAAAAAAUCUUCCCCAUCUGGUACAGAGGAAUGUGAAAUUUGCUUCAUGGUACUACCAUCAAGUCUGAUGACUGGCUUAGAAUGUGGCCAUCGCUUUUGUACUCAAUGUUGGGGUGGAUAUCUUACAACCAAAAUAAUGGAAGAAGGUGUGGGACAAACAAUCGCGUGUGCUGCACAUGGCUGUGAUAUCUUGGUUGAUGAUGCUACUGUGAUGAGGCUUGUGAAGGACUCUAAAGUUCGACUCAAAUACCAACAUCUCAUUACCAACAGUUUUGUUGAGUGCAAUCGGCUUUUGAGGUGGUGUCCAUCCCCAGACUGCAAUAAUGUUAUUAAAGUACAGUACAAGGAAUGUAGGCCAGUCAAGUGUAAAUGUGCACAUGUGUUCUGCUUUUCUUGUGGUGAGAAUUGGCAUGACCCCGUAAAAUGUGAAAUUCUUAGAAAGUGGAUUAAAAAGUGUGAUGAUGAUUCUGAAACAUCUAAUUGGAUUGCUGCCAACACAAAGGAAUGUCCUAAGUGUAAUGUUACAAUAGAAAAAGAUGGUGGUUGUAAUCAUAUGGUUUGUAAAAAUCAAAAUUGCAAAGCAGAGUUUUGUUGGGUGUGUUUAGGACCCUGGGAGCCUCAUGGAUCUUCAUGGUACAAUUGCAAUCGGUAUGAUGAAGAAGAAGCCAAGGUGGCCAGAGAUGCUCAUGAGAGAUCCAGAGCUGCUCUGCAACGUUAUUUGUUUUACUGCAAUCGGUACAUGAAUCACAUGCAGUCCCUGAAGUUUGAAAAUAAGCUGUAUGCGUCAGUGAAGGAAAAAAUGGAAGAAAUGCAGCAACAUAACAUGUCGUGGAUUGAGGUCCAGUUUUUGCGGAAAGCUGUUGAUAUCCUGUGCCAGUGUAGGCAAACACUUAUGUACACCUAUGUGUUUGCUUAUUAUCUUCGCAGAAGCAAUCAAUCAAUUCUCUUUGAGGACAACCAAAAAGAUUUAGAGAGUGCCACAGAGACAUUGUCUGAGUAUCUGGAGAGGGAAAUCACCUCAGGAAAUUUAGCUGAUAUUAAGCAGAAAGUGCAAGAUAAGUAUAGGUACUGUGAUAGUAGACGAAAGGUGCUACUGGAGCACGUCCAUGAGGGCUACGAACGUGAAUGGUGGGAGUACUUUGAGUAGCAAGAGAAGCCAAAUUGAUCGUAAAAGUGACCCAUUUAAAGCGUAGUUAGUGGUGCAGUGUAACACAAUCUUCUCCUGCAGAUAUUCAAGUUCAAAUCAUCUGAAGGUGUUAAAGAUACCUACAUAUGUUGUGAAAUAUGUAUGUAUAUAUAUUUUUUCAGAUUUUAUCUUGUUCUGAACGUAAUUUUCUUCUGAUUUGUUGAUCAUAAAUCAGCUAUUUACUUCAUAUGGUGAAACCUUGAUAAUGUGAACUUCAUUAUAGUAAAUGCGUGUGUAUUAUGUAGCUUCCGCAGGAAGUGAGGCAAUCCGUAAGGUGAUUAGCCCUUUAGGAAAAAAUAACAAUAGAGAACAGAUAUGAUGCCCCUACCUGCCUCUUAUCUAAGUACAUUUUAUCAAAAUACGGUUUAAUGAACACCUGCGAAUGAAGUUAGAAACGCAAACCCCCAGAUUAUUCGUAUUAGCAAGGUUUCACUGUAACAAAAAUUGUUAAUUAUUUACCAGACACAAAUGCAAUGAUAAGGAACAAAUGCAAAGAGUAUAUUCACAUUCAAUUUAGGUUUAAGGGAUGGCUAUAAUUUAAACAGGUUCCAUAACAAUGUGUUCGUUUGCCUCUGUCCCACUGCUGAAGAUGGUUAUGUUUUCAAUGUUUCUUUCUCAAGGAAACAUAAUUUGCAAAAUAAAAACAACAGCCUACCAAGCCAUCCCCACCUGUUUAGUCAUUUACUUAAACAUUUCUCACUAUCUUGCUCUUUUCCCACCUCCCCCAUUUAAAAUGCGUUUUGUUUUUAUCCUAUGCAAUGAAGGCAGAGUGCACGUUAGAAAGCAAUAAAGCAGAAAAGCCAACUUUGAAGUCUUCCUGUCAUCUGAUUUGUUCUUCAUCUUAUAUGUAACAAAUGUUCUGCAAUGGGGGAUUGGGUUGUUGUUAUUUGUUUAAUUGGAAGUGACUCUUUUAAGUCUGUUGUUUAUUACUUUUAUAUAUUAUUAAGGUCUGUUAAGAUGGCAUUGACAUGUUCUGGUUAUUUGCUUCUUAAUUUUGCGCAAAAUUUGAAUAGGUGAUUUCCUAUAAUACUUCUCGCUGAGCGGGAAAACGUAUACUGUGAUUUGUGUAAACUAGUUAUCAGUAUUGGUAUUGUUGGAUUAAUGACAGGAAUGAAGGAAUAGCUGUAGACUAGAGUGAAGGAUUGCAUUGCAGUGAGACCACUAGUCAUUCCCACCCAUUUAUGCUGUGUGCACUGACUUUUGAACAUUUCAUGUAUAGCAAAGUGAAAUUAAGUUCAAGUAAUUGCUUUUAAUUUUGUUAAAAUGUUAACACUAAUACUUUUAUUGAUUCUCAUAGUACAUUCGCAAGCAGCUUUCUGUUUUGUUUUGGCAUUACAUUGAGAACCUAAUUGUAUGCAAUUUUUGUGGUGGGCACAGCAAUGCUUCUUAUGGUUGAUUUCAUUGGCCACAUGGUGCCUUCAUCAACCAUGACCUGCUUUCAUUAUUUUAGAAAAAAAAAUUGUAAAAAAAAUAACCUAGUCGUUCAGUUUUUAUUUCAUGUUCACCAUUGUUUGAGAUGAAGCUAUUUGUUACCUUGCAUAUUGAGUAUGAGUUUUUAGUACUUCUGCAUGUACUUGAAGCCCGUGAUAGCUGGGACCAACACUUAGCAACUUCAUGUUAUUUUUAAGUGGCUUACAUUUUGGCCAAGGAAUCAACUUGUCGGAUGCUUCCCUAUGUUUCUUUAUUUACAUCUGUUGUAAAUGUCUUUGUCCUCUGGUGUAGUUGCCGCCAUGACAUCACAGUGGUGGCCAAAACGGGCGUUUAACUAUCCCGGUGCAAUCUAUGUUGGUUAUGUCGAUCGGUGUUUGAUUUACUGGCCUUUAGUGCUGUUUAAAACUGCCUGUGCUUUUGGUUGUGUAUAUAACACCUGCACCUUGUUGGGUAUUACUUUUAGACACUCUUGCAAAAGCUUGAGCUGCAAUGAAUAGCAGGCAACACUUACAAAUAUUUUAUUUCAAUUCUGUUUUAAAGAUUUGGCAUUAUGUAGAAAAAGAGUUGGAUUUAUGAGUGGUAGGACAGCUUCCAAGUGAGAACCCCAGAUUCCAAGUAUGCAUAUUCUUAACAUUUCUUCUGUCUCUAGCUUGUCUUAAAAAGUUGUGGUUACCAUAGGUUUAUGCACACAAUGGGCCAGUUUUUAAAGAUUUACUAGUUUGUUUUACUUUGCUUGCCUGUAAUGAAAUUUGACCCUGUCCUGUGGCAAUAAUUUGUUGUGACUAUCUUGCCUUCUGCUCUCAAACAAUGUAUGGUGAAGAGGCAAACUGUUCAUCCAAUUACCAACUUAUCAACUGAUUAGCUGUUUUAAUUAAAUAUGUGUAAAGCAGAGUAUGUGUACAUAUUUUCUAUUUAAGGAAAUAUAUGAGAUUUGAGUGAA